CGAGGCUGCGGGCGCCGCGACGUGGACAUGUCGGCGUCGUUGGUCCGCGCCACCGUGCGGGCCGUGAGCAAGAGGAAGCUGCAGCCCACGCGGGCAGCGCUCACGCUGACUCCUUCUGCUGUGAACAAGAUAAAACAACUUCUUAAAGACAAGCCUGAGCAUGUGGGUCUGAAAGUUGGCGUGCGAACCAGAGGCUGUAACGGCCUCUCUUACAGCCUGGAGUAUACAAAGACAAAAGGAGAUUCUGAUGAAGAAGUUAUUCAAGACGGAGUCCGAGUGUUCAUCGAGAAGAAAGCACAGCUCACCCUGUUAGGAACAGAGAUGGACUAUGUGGAAGAUAAACUGUCCAGCGAAUUUGUGUUCAACAACCCCAACAUCAAGGGAACCUGUGGCUGCGGCGAAAGCUUUAAUGUUUGAAACUCAGGACUGCAAGCUCCAGAAGGGCUGGGUCUACCUUGAAGCUCACUGAAGAAAUCAUGUGAUGUCACGUGCUCAGAAGUAUCGUGUGUGGCUGCCUCAUGGGUGAAAAUAAAGCGACGCAUUUGGGAAUCAAGCUGACGUGCUAAGAGUUCUGAAAACAUGGUACCUGCACUCUCUGUAAGACACAAACAGAAAACAUGGUACCUGCACUCUGUAAGACACAAACUGAGAAGCCGUUGCUUUCCUGAGUCCUUCUGUUCUGUACAGAAAACUCCUCCCCCGCCCUUACACUGUCACCUGCUUUGUGCUAGAACCAGCUUCUUGGCCAUUGCUUUGCUGGGAAUUGAGGAAUGGGAUAACAGGCGUGCACCUAGAUCACAAAACGGCUUGAAACUGUCUCCUGGCCCUUUCUCAAUCUUUGCCAGUCCCCAAUCUCAGGCAGGACGACUGUGGUUAACAGUGUAGUGGGACCUCGUUUCCCUCACCUUUGGCUUGGCCCAUUACAUUUUACCAAAAAUGUGAUUAUCACAUGCCUCCUUUGCCAACCCUGCAGCAGUCCCGAGUUCUGAGUUCCACUAUCAGAAGGAGGGAACCACCAGGCCUGGUUUCAGUCUGUCCUCUCGGGCGAGCUUCAUGAUGGUUUGCUUAGACCUUUCAGUUAGAAGUGCUUAUGGUAAGCAGCCUGCUAGCUCACUCCCCGCCAUUACUGAGAGCAGCCUGCUAGCUCACUCCCUGUCAUUACUGAGAGCAGCCUGCUAGCUCACUGAGAGCAGUUCUCAGACCUUCUGCCCAGCUCUCCCUUCCUCGGACAGCAGUGCUGUCUUGAGACAUGUGGAGACGAUGGGCCAGCGCACUCACCAGAGUUUAAUUUAUAGACUGCCAUAGUUUUCUUUUGAAGGGAAGUCUUGUGUUUGUUUAGAACUUUGAAACAAUCUUACAGAGAAGUUCUGCAUCAGUGGGAUUACUCAGCACAGGACCUGUGGAACAGAACAUGCAAAUUCUUACAGUUGCCAGUAUCCAUAUGCUUCUGGUUCCUAAACGAAAUUGCUAAUCCUUUUUUUAAUGUUUUUAUCACCAGUUUUUGAGCCAUGGUUUUGCUAUAUACUACAGACCAGCCUUGAACCCACAAUCCUCCUGCUAUGACGUCCUGAGGCAUGUGCUACUACACCCGGAUCCCAAGUUUGUCUUUACGUGGUCUUGGUUGAUUUGGGGUUGGACAUCUUAAGUAACCUGUGAAUUCUUUUGUGGAAGGCUGAGUCUCAUGUAGCUGAGUUCAAUAUUUGUGCUGUUUGCUAAAGUACCUACCACCAAAAUGUACCAACUCGUAGUUUUAUGUGAAUGUUGAUGAGUUUGUAUCAUAAAUAGAAUUGUUGAUACAUCCUUAAUUUGUGCAAUAUUGUAUGAAGAGAUUGAGUUAUCAAUUAAAAACACGCCUCUUUAUGAUCCUAA